GGGGGGCCAUAUAUGUAUCUCCAAAAUCCCUUUACCAAGAAACUGGCAAUCUUAGGUUUGCGGAGAUCGCAUGUCACUGGGAUUCCAUCGCUGUAGCGUGCCAUGAAUGUCCAAACUCAUAAACCUUAUUUUCCUACAUUCUCAACAAGCAUCCAACAGCCCAGGAUGUCCUUCGAGUUCGCCACACGCUUUCGCCAUGACGACCUUGAGUGUGUACUGCACCACAUUACAUAUAUGGUGCACAAGCUUCAGCCCUGGUUGAAAGGAGUUGUUGAUGGCGGUAAAUACGUACCCGAAGACCCGAAUAAUCGGAUCCUCAAACACAAAGUCACCAUCUUCCAUUCGGUGUUAGAGCACGUGCUCACAAAGGAGGUGCACACCGAGGACGGCAAGUCGCAAAUCUGGGCCUUCCACGUGCAGACAACACCUGCGCAAGAUGACAUUGCGGCAGCCUGGCUUGUCAAGCUGGUCAACAAAAACUAUUGCAAGUAUCAUGGGCUGUCCAACAGCGACAGCAGUUCCAGUGGGAGUGAGAGUGACGGCUACGAGGCUGGCAGCACAGACUCAGAUGAGGCUGAGACGGGAUCAGGUAUUGGGGAGGAUAAUGGCGCAAUGGUCGACGCCUGAGAGGUUGCGC